AAUAUACUUCUUUAUUCAACAACUCCAACAAUAUAUCGGAUCUUAAAACUGUUUUGGUGACAAAAAAAAUCAAACCCAUGAAUGUUUGAUUUCACAUGUAAAUUCUUAUGAUUUCACAUAACUAUAAUCAAUUCAAAUCAUCAAACUGUGCAUGAUUCAACCGUCGAACUGGAGAAAUCGCGCCAGUCGUUAAAGCCUCCAACCGGUAAAAUCCGGUACCGAUCACUAUCAGCCACCGAUCUCUUCGGUUCGCAUUCGUUCUCAUCUCAUGACAGAAUGCUGAAACGCGCUCGACAGCAGCAGUAUAACGAGUCCCUCUCGGAUACUCUCCAUCGUUACCGUGGAGUUAUUUUAAUAAUUUCGGUUCCGCUUCUCAUCAUCUGCUUGGUUCUGUUUCUGAUGCCGUCUGCUCGCUCUUCGUCUAAUGAUGUUUUUCUUGCGAACCGAAAGUAUUUGCCGAAUUAUGGCAGCCCUGUCCCGUCGUUGAAAAGCUACGCUGUGGUUUUCGAUGCGGGGAGUUCGGGGAGUAGAGUUCAUGUUUUUUGUUUUGAUCAGAAUUUGGAUCUUAUGCAUAUUGAUCAUGAGCUUGAGGUUUUUUCUGAGUUAAAACCAGGUUUGAGUGCGAAUGCAAAACACCCGACAGUUGCCGCGGAUACUCUUCUACCACUUUUAGAAAAGGCGGAGAAAGUUGUUCCACGAAGUAUGCGUAAAACCACACCAGUAAAAGUCGGGGCAACUGCCGGCUUGAGACAACUGGGAACCGAUGCAUCUGAGAGAAUUUUGCAAGCGGUGAAGGAUUUCUUGAAGGUGAAGAGCAGCCUAAUGUUUGAUGAUAAUUCGGUGACGGUUCUUGAUGGUACUCAAGAAGGUGCUUAUCAAUGGGUGGCGAUAAAUUACUUGUUAAAAAGAUUAGGCAAGAAGUACAAUGAAACGGUUGGGGUGGUUGAUCUGGGUGGUGGGUCGGUACAAAUGGCGUACGCUAUCUCAGAGACAGAAGCCGCAACGGCUCCAAGAAUGUCGAAUGGAGAAGAUACAUAUGUGAAGGAAAUGUCCCUUAUGGGAACAAAAUAUUACCUUUAUGUUCACAGUUACUUGAAUUAUGGAUUAUUAGCAGCCCGAGCCAAGAUUUUGGGAACUUUGAAAAAUUCGGACAAUCCAUGCGUCUUGUCGGGCUACAAUGGCGUUUACUCGUAUGGAGGAAUUGAUUACAAAGUUUCAUCUCCUCCAUCCGGCUCAAGCAUGAACAAGUGUCGGCAAGAAGCACUAAACGCUCUCAACGUCAAUGAAACAAGUUGCUCCCACGGGAAAUGCACUUUUGGUGGGAUAUCAAAUGGCGGCAGCGGUGGUGGUCAACUGAAAAAUCUGUUUGUGGCUUCAUUUUUCUAUGACAGGGCUGCUCAGGCCGGUUUGUUUGACGCAAGUAAAUCCGUUGCCAAAGUUCACCCGAUAGAUUUCAAAGAGGCUGCUGAGCGUGUUUGUGCAACCAAACUAGAUGAUGCCAAAUCCAGAUAUCCUCGUGCCGAUGCAUCUAAUCUACCCUACUUAUGCAUGGAUCUCGUCUACGAGUUCACAUUACUAGUAAAUGGCUUUGGUUUGGAUUUGUGGCAAGAGAUUACAUUAGUCAAGAAAAUCAAGUACCAAGAUUCACUUGUUGAAGCUGCUUGGCCUUUAGGCAGUGCAAUAGAACUUGUGUCAGCAACUUCUUAAAACUUAUACUUUUGUGAGAGUAUAAUUAUAAUUCCGGGUUAAAUUAUAAACCAUCAAACAUCUAUUCAUCUCUCUAUUUAUUCAUUCAAAUGUUUGUUUCAAA